AUGGUAUCGUACGGCUACUUCGGGCUUCGGCAGGCCCCUUGGACACUGCUCGUUCUCAUUUUCUUCAUCGAAAGCGUUAUGGGGAACUAUGCAAAAUCCUUUUAUAUACACUGGAACACAACAAAUAGUAUAUUCCGAAUAGACAAUACUGAUCAUGUAUUCGAUCUCAAUAAAGGGAAUGCUCAGUUCGAAUACGACCAAGUAAAUAUAAUAUGUCCCGUGUAUGCACCAGAUACAUUCGAGGAAGAUAUGGAAAAGUAUAUAAUAUAUAAUGUAAGUAAAGAAGAAUACGAUACAUGUAGAAUAACAAAUCCAAACCCGCGGAUAAUAGCAAUAUGCGACAAGCCGAACAAAUUAAUGUUUUUCACCAUUACUUUCCGGCCGUUUACGCCGCAACCAGGUGGACUUGAGUUUUUACCAGGAAAGGAUUACUACUUUAUAUCUACGUCUAGUAAAGACGACCUGCAUAGACGAAUUGGCGGUCGCUGCCUCAGUCAUAAUAUGAAGCUAGUAUUUCGGGUUUGUUGCAAGCCGGAGGAUCAGUCUCCUGCGCCACCACCGCAGCCAACUCUACCACCGCCUCCUCCACCGCCAACAAUUUCUCCUACCACUACCACAACAACGACGGCAAAACCAGUGACGAAAAAGACGCACAAGUACGAUAAGACGCCUAACGAAGUUGUAAAAAGUGAGGAGCUUUCCUACUCGCGCGGCGCGGCGUUGGCUUCCUCCCUUGCACUUGCCCUCGCUGCGAGCGCCGUUUUAGCGCCCCUGGCUCGGUGA